CAACCAAAAAUUUUCAUUUUCGCUAAAAGUGGACGCGCCCGCCAUAUUGCAGAAGCCGAGAGAAAAUAAUUAUUAAAUUGGUACAGGUGAGUUAAGCGAUAUAAUUCAAACAAAAAAUGAAGAGAAAAACGUUUAGUAACGAAAUGUGCAAACUAAAAAAAGAAUGUGAAAGAAGUGCGUUGAAAUAUAAAAGCUUACCCGAAUUUGCGCAAGCUGAUGGGGAAGAUGGCGGAGGUGCCGCGUCUGCGCCAUAUUCUAGCCCCGAAAAUUCUUUUUCAUUUUCCGAUUCAGAAUGCCGGUCGGAAAAUGAAAUAGAAUGUAUAACAAGUGCAGAAAAGUGUAAAAUUUUAAAAUUAUGGGCAAUUGAAAAUAAUGUGUCCCAAGCAGUGUUGAGCAAUUUGCUAAGCGCUUUAAGAAAAAUAGGCAUUCAUGAUUUACCCUUAUCAGCAAAAACUUUGCUUGAAACUACAAAAAAUAAAUCGGUUAUUAAGAAUAUUUCGGGUGGAGAAUUUACGUAUAUUGGCAUUCAAACGCAUUUUGAAUCUCGUUCAUUUCCAUUUUUAAAUGAAAAAGAUCAAGUUUUAAUAGAUGUUGGAAUAGAUGGCUUAAAGCUAUUCAAAAGUUCAAGCAAAGUACUAUGGCCUAUUCUUGGUUCAAUCGUUGAUUUUCCAAAAGAAAAACCUUUUACUAUCGCCUGCUUCUCAGGAAAGCAAAAACCAAGCAAUGUUAAUGAAUUUAUGAAAGAUUUUUGUGACGAAGUAGUAUGUUUAAGAAAUAACGGUUUGAAAGUCGGUUUGAUUAACCCCAUUUUGAAAAGAUUUAAUGUUCGUUUAUUUACGUGUGAUUCGCCCGCGAGAGCUUUUGUGACUGGGGUUCAAAAUCAUAAUGCGAAAAAGGGCUGCCCUAAAUGUUGUCAAGUAGGUAAUUAUUUAGAAAAAAGGGUAUGCUUCUCUAAGGAACUAUGUGAAUUAAGAACCGAUUUUUCAUUCAAAAAUAGAAAUGAUUUGGCACACCAUAACGUCAAAUUUCGGGAAGAAGAAAAUGUUUUAGAAGAAGCGGGUUUUGGAAUGGUUUCUCAAUUUCCUUUAGAUCCCAUGCACCUCGUUGAUUUAGGUGUGGUUAAAAAACUCUUGCAUCUUCUAGUAAAUAAAGUAAACGUUAACGUAAUGAAUGAUAAGCUUAAAUUUCUUUCUGUCUGGGUGCCAUCUGAAUUCGGAAGAGUUUGCAGAAAUUUUGAUGAAAUCAAAAAUUGGAAAUCCACUGAAUAUAGACAAUUUUUACUAUACUCGGGUAUAUUUGUUUUGAAAAAUUGUGUUGAUGAACAUUUGUAUUACCAUUUUCUUUUAUUACAUGCCAGUAUACGUAUUCUCUCUUCCGAAAGAUCUUACAAAGGAGAAGCAAAUAUUGUACAGCAAUUAUUAAAUGAAUUUGUUAAUUUGUUUGGAAAUAUUUAUGGGGAUCAUUUAAUAAGUUUUAACCUGCACAGCCUGCUUCAUUUGUCUAAUUGUGCCAAAGAAUAUGGACCCUUAGACACAUUUUCGGCCUACAAAUUCGAAAAUUAUAUGCAGUACUUAAAAAAACUUAUUAAAUCCCCCACAAAUAUUUUACAACAGUUGUGUUUGAGAAUUGACGAAAGAAAAAAUUUAAUAGAAGAUAAAAAUUCAAAACUUGAUGCGUUUUUCAUUAAUCAUAAAAAAGAAAAAGAUUCUUUUUGUUUUAGUGAAGAUACGGGACCUUUCAAAGUCAUAGAUAUGCCCAUAGAAUCAGAAGAGGAGGUAGUGGUCGGAUACAAAUUUAAAGAAAUAAGUAAUUACUUUAUUGAGCCCCUUGAAUCCUUUUCUGGACUUGGCAUUUUGCUUGCAAGCGGGUUAAGUGAUGAAAUAAUACGGUUUAAAAAAAAAAAUAUCAAAUACAAAUACUUUUGCAUACCUUAUGAAAAUAAUUUUCUUUUAAUUCCAAUACUACAUCACCUCUUUCAUGAGUUCGCACACUAGUUAUAAACGUUUAUUCUAGUAUACAUCAGCAAAAUUUACUUGUUCCCAUUAAUAACACAUUUUCUUUUUCUUUGUUUUAACCAUGCUACGAAUUCUGGAGAAAUAUGAGUGAGGAAGCCGAUAUUUUCGACUGGACACCCCCGGCCACAUCCACCCCUAAGGAAGGAAAAAGGAAAAGGCUUCAACUUUCCCUAGACUUCAACGCCUGUUCUUCAAAUCAAGUAUUAACAUCUUGUCACAGCCAGAGUGUGUUUGCUGCAACUGAAACACCAGUUGUUUCCGAAAUUUCAGCAACAAACAAAGAUGUAAUGAACAUGUUGGAAAUUAUAUUACAAAAGCAAACAAAUUUGGAGACCCGGUAGGAUAGCUUGGAAGGAAAAAUGCUUGACAAAACUGAUGUGAUGGCUCACCAUAAAGUCGUGCGUGAGUCGAGAGUGCUAAUUAAAAAAGUACAUCAGAGUGUUUGCCGCAUAUCCGGAGAAAGCUGCGAAGAUCUCCACACAGAACUGGCCGUUCUUAUGCCAAUGCAAUCUUUAGAUGCUGUUUUUGAUUUGGAGGAAAAGCUAAUAGAAAAAAAUUA